AUGGCAUCAGUUGCACCAGUGAAGAAGAAACUCAUGGAUGUUAAAAUAGGGGAGCUGCCAAGUUGGAUACUGAGGCAGGAUUUUGCCCCUAAGGGCAUUGCCGGAGUGUUCCAAAGAGGUUACCAGUGGUAUGACAACAGGUAUGUCAACGUGAAGAAAGGAAACACUGCUGGGGUUUCUACAGUACUGGCAGCUUAGGUGCUUUUCAACUACUGCCUUUCUUAGAAGGAACUCAAACAUGAGCAGCUCUGCAAAUACCACUGA